AUGAACUAUGAUGAAUAUAAAAGGAAUUUACAAAUUUCUCUCGAACCAGACAUUCUUCUAACAAAUAACGAACAAAUUCAUCUAGAACAAUGUCUAACGAAUCUCUAUGAAAUCUCUCAUAGUCCACUCGUUUUGAAUUGCACUCUUUUAUCUCUUUCAUCGUUUUCCAACUCGAAUCGUAAAUCCUUUCGAAUAAACGAUUAUUUGCGUGUUCGUCAACCAAGGAAAUUCUAUUGGAUGAGAAAUAUCAAACAAAUGUAUCUGAAUCUUCGUCUACCAACAAACCAAACCGAACAAAUUACAGCGAAUCUUAUCGAAUUUCACUCAUGUAAGCGUUUGCCUUACUCGGCGCGAAUGAUCGUCAAGCAAAUGAAACCAAUUCUGUUAGUUUAUUAUAUCGAAGAACAUUUGUUGAAGCUGAAUUUUCGAGGAGAAAACUGUUUGCUUCAAUUAAUCUUCUCGUCGAUGAGACAUUCCGAUGAGCAAAUACAGAAAGGUAUGUAUUAUAAAUGGUCUGAUGAAGCACAUAUCCGUUCGACAACGAUUCAAUUUGAUAUUGAUUACGAAAUUGAUAAAGAAUAG